AUGGUACACAGUAUUAGGCUUACUGUAAGUGUUGUUUUAUUAUGUGGAGUUUUGCCUGGUAAGUUGUUUUUUAAAAGUUUGCUUUUUUUGUUUUGUAAACAAAGUCCUUGCCAUUUUCUGUUUUGUAAAGAAAAUUCUUGUUAUUUUUUGUUUUGUAAAGAAAGUUCUUGCUAUUUUUUGUUUUGUAAAGAAAGUUCUUGCCAUUUUUUACUUUGACAUUCUAUUUUGACCACUACAUAGUAUUAUUUACUAUAGUAAAAGUGACAUUUCAGUCACAUUUUAAGAAAGAAAGUUCCUGCCAUUUUUUACUUUGACAUUCUAUUUUGACCACUACAUAGUAUUAUUUACUAUAGUAAAAGUGACAUUUCAGUCACAUUUUAAGAAAGAAAGUUCCUGCCAUUUUUUACUUUGACAUUCUAUUUUGACCACUACAUAGUAUUAUUUACUAUAGUAAAAGUGACAUUUCAGUCACAUUUUAAGAAAGAAAGUUCUUGCCAUUUUUUACUUUGACAUUCUACUUUGACCACUACAUAGUAUUAUUUACUAUAGUAAAAGUGACAUUUCAGUCACAUUUUAAGAAAGAAAGUUCCUGCCAUUUCAGCCCGCACCGUUGCGAUAUGGUGUUUUCAAGGGGGCAAAGAGAUCAAACCGACCCAAUGCCCUGAAGGUGUUCAGGAGUGUUUCAAGUUUGAAUGUCUUGGAGAAUAUGAAUCCAAAUUUACCGCUAGAGGCUGUGGUUUGACUACUGGGUUGUCUACCAGGAAUGAGAGCUGUGCACAGGUAAUUCAUAAGUUUUUGUCACUUUUUAUCGUAUUUUAAGAGUUUUUCGAAAAUGGAAGUUUAGUGGAAGAUUUGUAAUGUAGUUUGCACUGAAAAUCUUCCACUGAACUUCCACUUCAAAAAGGUGUUGAAAACGUAUUUUUAGGUUAUUUUAAGGCAUGUUUGAAAUGGAAGUUGAGUGGAAGAUUUUCAGUACAAAAUACGUUACAAAUCUUCCACUCAGCUUCCACUUUUAAAAAAUCGCUUUUUUGCUUUGUAAAGAAAGUUCUUGCCAUUUCACUUAAAAUUCACAAAUUUCAGGCAAAAUCAGUGUGCGACCAGUACGGCAAGCCGGGUUUGUGCGAGAUUUGUAGCGAUAAACACACUUGUAAUGGUGACUACUCGGUACAGCCUUAUCUGUAUGUACUGUAUACAAUGUUGUUCAUCUAUAGCAUUCUGUUUUUGCCACGGAAUUAG